UCACUUCCCUUUUUCACCCUAAAACGAAAAGACCCUUGUUUAGGAGCACGUCGGAGUUGGGAAGAUCAAGAUCUGGAGACAUGGCGGACGAAGCGAACAGAGCUGCUUUUAUGGAGAUUCAAGCAAGCAUGAUUGAACUCACUGGGAAGCUGAAGCAGGUGCAGAAUCAGAUGCGCAACAAAGAGGGAGAUAAAAAGCGAGCUUUCUUAACCUUGGAAGAGCUGCGGCCAUUGCCUGAAGAUACAAACACCUACAAGUCAAUAGGAAGAACGUUUGUUCUAGAGCCCAAGGCAGUGCUGCAAGCUGAACAAGAGCAAAAACUCAAGGACAGUGAGGCUGCCAUUGUUUCUCUACAGACAUCAAAGGAGUACUUAGAGAAGCAGACAGCAGAGGUGGAGAACAACUUGAGGGAGCUGUUGCAGCAAGAACCAGGCAUUGCUCAACAAAUAAUGUCCAUGUCUAUGUAACUUACCCUCCAAACCUUGGACAAAAAAGUACACUCAACACCUUGAGCGACCCGUGAGUUUUGGUGGUUCUGCUUUAUCAGGGCUUCUGGGAUUGAAUUGAAACCAUAAGAAAUUAAGAACGUCUUUGUAAGAUUCUCCCAAGUUUUUGUCUGAUCAGAAUUAUUCAAAAAGUAUCUGGUAUUUUUUUAUGACAGUGACUAAGACGUCCUGUGCGAAGACAUAUAUCAGAUUUAACCAAUUCGAGAUGGCACUUAAUAUUUUGAA